AUGUUUGUGACGUUUGAAGCUGACGAGAAUGGAAAUGACGAAUCGCAGCCAAGCAAGCGUCACAAGUCAACGCUUCGCGCUUGUCAGCCAUGCAGGAGACGAAAAGUUCGCUGUGACGGCAAACAACCAUGCGCAUCUUGUCAAUGGCAGCGGAAACCCGCCCGUUGCUCUUAUGAUGGCCACACCGCCUCAAUAGCAUCGUCGCGCGCAGAACCGCCCAAACGACGAAACCGAGAUGUGAUGCGAACACUAUUCCCGGACGUACCUUCGGAGAUUCUGGCCAAUCGAACGCGUGAAGAGCUGAUCCAAAUGCUCUCUGGCUCGACCCAGGAGUCUGCUGGACUUGUGAAGGAUGUGGAACCCGUCGAGGAUGAUAAUCAUGAACUUGACCAACUUCAGCCACUGCCACAAGACAAUGUAACGUCUCGAGAUGCGUCAGAGCGAGCUUGCUCUCCAGAUGUCGAGGAGGCUGGCGUGACAGACGAUGUCAACGCGCUGUCCAUGUCAGUGAAGCACUCAACAUCUUAUCUCGGGAUCUCCUCCGUCAUUGCAGUCCUGCGAGUUAUACACACUCUUGAUCCUAGCUCUCGAACAUCUGUAAAGGCGAGGCACGGACACGGGGCGACUGGAGACUCUGCGGGCAGUCACAAGGCUUCGAGCGAAAAGCACAUCCCGCAGACACCCAGAGCACCAUCGCUAUGGGACGAAGUUCCUGCCAUCAAUGCUUACUUUGAGUUUGUCCAACCAUUCCUCCCUCUUCUGGAAGAGAACACUUUCAGAGACACGUACCUCAGCAGAAGCCGACAGGAUUCCCGAUGGAGUUUUCUGCUCAACGCUGUCCUCUGCAUGGGAAACGUUGUGCUCCACGACGCAAAUGACCAUACGCAUGAAGUGUACUAUCAACGGGUCAAGGGGUAUUUGUCCGUGGACAUGUUCGAAUCAGCACAUUUAGAGACGAUCCAGGCCGUUGCCGUACUUACUGGGACGUAUCUUCAUUACAUCCAGCAGCCCAAUCUUGCAAACUUCUUGAUGGGAGGCAUCUCACGAAUGGCAACCACACUUGGCCUGCAUCGUGACUAUUCAGAGGGACUCAAGUCUUCUCGGAGUAGUUCAGCCCUUGCAUCCAUUGAACUUCGUCGCCAGGUCUGGUGGUGUCUCCUGGUUAUGGACUGCUGGAACUCAAACUAUCUCGGCCGUCCGACCAUGGGCCGGAUUGGACCAGGCCAUACAACUCGGAUCCCAGAGAAUCCAAUCAGUGAAUCUCAAGCCAUCACGGAUCUCUUGCAGGCGAACAUUGGAUACUGCAAGCUGAGCACUCGGUUCGAGAACUUGCUAGCCGAAAGGCCGAUUCUGAAUGCACGAGACCGACAGAACCUUGAUACCGAGUUUGCGGAGUGGGUCAUGAGAUCUUGUGUGCAAAUUGCGCCCCUGGGCGCUCAAGAAACGCCCGGAAUUGUGGUCUCAAGAAACAUCAUGCGCUGGCGAGGCUUCACAUCUCAAAUAUUCAUUCAUCGACCAGUAUUUCUAUGGUAUGCAAUGCGCAAGGUCUCGCCAGCCCGGGUUCCAGAAGACAAGCGAGUCUCCAUAAUCGCCUGUCGAAAUUUCGCGAACCAGCUUAUUCAGAACAUUCAGUCCACGUGGCACAAACCGUGGCCUUGCCAGAUGGCUGGGUGGUGUGCUACGUGGCAGCUCUACCAAGCAACCAUGGUGCCACUUCUAUCACUCUUUUGUGAUUGUGCCGAGCCGGACGUUGUUCAAGAUUCAAUCAAGCAUGUCGAGGUGGCACUCUCAGCCCUUACCGACCUAGAACGCUGGUCGCCCACAGCCAAAAGGUCUCAUGAAGUGGUUUCGCGACUGUACGAAGCCGGUAGAGCGUUUCACGCACGUGAGCUGUCGAGGGCUGCGCCAGGACUAGAAGCCUCGAGUUUGGCAUCCUUGGACACGCCGUCAACGCAUGAUUCAGUAACGAUGUAUGAAGGCUUCUUCGUGCACGAUUUCAUGACGGAUAUGGACUGGGACGAAGACCAAGCUAGAGCAAUGGCUGGACCAUGCGUUGAGCUGUCGUUCCUCGAUUACUGGGACGUCGGUCAAGAGGCGAACCGAACCUUUGAUUGA